GCUCAGGUGUGCGUGUGUCGGAGGAACACUGCGGAGCUGCAGGGAGAGCAGAGGGGAGACGGUCAUGUCAGACAGCGGGAAUGCACAGUCUCAGGACGGAGGGUCGAGCCGGGUGACAUGCCCGAGUGUGGGCAACAAAGUAACCGUGGUGCUCGGAGCACAGUGGGGCGAUGAAGGGAAAGGAAAGGUGGUGGACCUGCUGGCCCAGGACGCUGACAUGGUCUGCAGAUGUCAGGGAGGCAACAAUGCAGGACACACAGUCGUGGUUGAUUCAGUGGAAUAUGACUUCCACCUUCUACCCAGUGGAAUUAUUAACCCUAAGGUCACUGCCUUCAUUGGUAAUGGUGUAGUGAUUCACCUGCCGGGUCUCUUCGAGGAGGCUGAGAAGAAUAUGCGGAAAGGAAAAGGUGUGGAAGGCUGGGAGAACAGGCUUAUCAUCUCUGACCGUGCACACAUCGUGUUUGAUUUCCAUCAAGCUGUGGAUGGAGUCCAGGAACAGGAGAGGCAACAGCAAGCUGGCAAAAAUUUAGGAACAACUAAAAAAGGAAUCGGGCCCGUGUACUCUGCCAAAGCAGCUCGCAGUGGCCUGAGGAUAUGUGACCUUCUGGCUGACUUCCAGGAGUUCUCAGAGAGAUUUAAACAUUUGGCCUCUCAGUAUAAGUCUAUGUACCCUUCAUUGGAGAUUGAUAUGGAUGGGGAACUUGAGAAACUCAAGACGUAUGUAGACAGGUUAAAGCCCAUGGUGAGAGAUGGAGUCUUCUUCAUGUAUAAGGCACUGCAUGGGUCUUCAAAAAAGAUUCUGGUGGAAGGUGCCAAUGCUGCCUUGCUGGACAUAGACUUUGGGACAUAUCCGUUCGUGACUUCCUCAAACUGCACCGUGGGAGGGGUGUGUACGGGUCUGGGCAUGCCGCCCCAGAACGUGGGUGAAGUGUAUGGAGUUGUCAAAGCCUACACCACGAGAGUUGGGAUUGGAGCUUUCCCUACAGAACAGAACAACGAAAUUGGAGAGCUCUUGCAGACGAGAGGCAAGGAAGUGGGCGUGACCACAGGUCGCAAAAGGAGAUGUGGUUGGCUGGAUCUGGUGCUUAUCAAAUACGCCCACAUGAUUAAUGGCUUCACAGCAUUAGCUCUCACCAAACUUGACAUCUUAGAUGUGCUUCCUGAGAUCAAAGUUGGUGUGGCUUACAAAGUAGAUGGUGAAAUCAUCCAACAUUUUCCAGCAAACCAAGAGGUGCUACACAAGGUUGAAGUGCAGUACGAGACUCUGCCAGGCUGGAAAACAGACACGUCUGCUGUCAGGACCUUUGAAGAGCUUCCAGAAAAUGCACAGAAAUACAUCUUCUACAUUGAGGAUCACUUGGGUGUGCCUGUAAAGUGGAUUGGUGUUGGGAAGUCGCGGGAAUCAAUGAUCCAGCUCUUUUAAGAGGCUGCUUGGCCUGCAUGUAGCACUGGCUGGAUUACGCUCUGGACUUGGGGACGGAAAGUUGCCACAUAUGCUUCUUUUUCAUAAUUUUGUCUCACUCAGAUCAUCCUACAGCCCUCUGAAAUGGAGUAUAUGUCAUAUAUAAUGGCAUUCCUGUGGUAAAUCAAAAAGGGCUUUUCAACUAGUUAUUUUUUGUAAUCAUUUAACUGUUUCUCAUCUGCUUUACAUCAUUCUCCUCUGGUAUUUAGAGCUCUCUUAAGCUCAAUAUCUUCAUCUUGAGUCCAUAUGCUGUACAUGUGCUACUACUUCAAACAGGCAUCAGUAGUGAUGUAUAUUGUUGUUAGAUAUCAAUUUUUCACACAGAUUGGGUAAAACGUAUUACUUAUACAUGUUAUAUUUAAUGUUCUUUGUUUGUUUUAUCAUACUAGAAUCAAUGGUUAUGCAAUGUGUAUUACCGCACUUUCUCCUUGUUUUAAAUGGACUUACUCAAGUCAACUUCAUUUAAACAUACGGUUUUUAAAAGACAAUUGAAAUGUUUCUUUACCAGAUGCAUAAAAACUCAUGUGAUUCAAUAUUCAGCGAUUCUGAAUACGAAUUAUGUACAUUACAGCCUCAAAAUGUAAUACGAUUACAUUGGGUGUUUUCUGUUUUUCCAAAAAUAGAAGUAAAACGGUUUAUGGAAGCAUCUUGAAUCUAUUUCAUUUGCUCUUAAAAAUAGUAUAUAAUUCAAAUGUGCCUCAAGAAGCAUAUACUAUUAUACAGACUGGGGUUUUGAUUCCAUUGAAUGUAUGUAAACGUUUGCACAGUCCUCAGAUGUUUAUUGUUCAACUGUAAAACUUUAUGCCAUAAGCAUAUCAAAGCCACUUUAAUGAUCAGUGAUGAGAUAUCAAUAAACUUGCCUUUCGAUAUAGAUUGUCAAAGUAUAGAUCCUUAAGACGUUUGUGUGAUUUCAGACGCCACCUCAGGAUGUACGACUCUGUUUAGCCAGUUAAACACACUUCUGUGGUUGCAGGAGGUCGUCUGCUUUUCUGACCUCCAGUAGUACAUUUACAGAACCUUUACAUGUUAGAAAUGAUCUAAACAGCUUGACUGGGUUGUUGCUUCUUCUGUUUUUUCUCAACCUUAGUACUGCGCCUUCCAAUAAAUAAGUAAUAUAGGAUAAAGUGUGCCUUGUUAAUACAGAUGAACAAUGAAACUUGAAAACUAAUCCUUCAUCUGACUGAGCUUUUAUGUAUUUUUAAUUGAGAAACCUCCUUUAGCUUUUUCGAGGGCAUUAGCGUCAUUGCCAUUUGCCAAGUGUACAUGCAUCCAAAGAAGUAUCUUAAUGGAUAAAUGAAUGCUGUUAUAUAAAGAGCCUUUUUAAAGGACCCAGAAUGAGAACUCUUUCUUUUUCAGAUUGAUGAUGGUGUGAUGCUUUGCAUUUUCUGUUGCUCACAGCUGCUGAAUAAAUGGUGUAACCUGCUUAUUUGUUUAGUAGUAUCUAUUACAUGUCAUUUAUCUUGUAUUAUCACAGAAUUUCCUCUGAACAAAUUAAAUUAGCAAGAAUAGGACAGUUAAAACAUUCAAACAACACAACCUUUUCUGUUUCUGAAAUCCUUUACUGUUUGUGUGUUGUAUUGCUGCUGUUUGGGUUUUCAUGUAUGUAUAUACAGAACACAAAGCCAUAUACUCUUGAAUUUACUGUUACCGUACACUUUGCUGGUGUGCAUGAUCAUCUAGUGGGAUUUGCACCAAAACUCACUCGCUCUAUUUAUCUUGGAUGAAUGGCAGACUGAUGAACUGUCAUGACACUCCAGUCAAUAAAAUAAUAUAGUGAGAAAUA